ACGUCAUGACGCACGUCCCACGUUGUGUCUGUCAGCUGCGCCCGUAGUGCGGGCCAGGCUGAGACCGCGGCCUGUGAGAUCCGCCCCCACCCGGCCAGAGAUGGCCCCACGGCUGCAGCUGGAGAAGGCGGCCUGGCGCUGGGCUGAGAGCGUCCGCCCGGAGGACGUGACCCAGGAGCACAUCGAGAUCGCCUACCGGGUCCGGCUGGAGCCCUGCGUGCGGGGACUGUGCAGGAGGAACUGUAAGGGAAACCCUAAUUGCUUGGUUGGCGUUGGGGAACACGUCUGGCUAGGAGAGAUCGAUGAGAACAGCUUCCACAACAUCGAUGAUCCUAACUUUGAGCGAAGAAAGAAGAACACAUUUGUCGGCCUGACAAACCUGGGGGCCACGUGUUACGUGAACACCUUUGUUCAGGUCUGGUUUUUGAACAUGGAGCUCCGACGUGCCCUAUACCUGUACGAGAACUCCUGGAGCGUGGAGAAAGCAGAGGAAUGCAUUCAGGAAGAUAAAGAGUACGAGCCGCAGACCAUCUGUGAACAUCUGCAAUACCUGUUUGCCUUGCUGCAGAACAGUAACAGACGAUACAUCGAUCCCUGCGCGUUUAUCCGAGCGCUGGGGCUGGACACUGGUCAGCAGCAGGACGCCCAGGAAUUCUCCAAGCUGUUCAUGUCACUGCUGGAGGACACGUUGUCCAAACAGAAGGAUCCAGAUGUCCGAAACAUCAUUCAGAAUCAGUUCUGCGGCCAGUAUGCCUAUGUCACCAUAUGUAGUCGCUGCAGCCGGGAAUCUAAGCUGAUCUCUAAGUUCUAUGAGUUGGAGCUGAAUAUCCAGGGCCACAAGCAUCUGACAGACUGCGUCACAGAGUUUCUGAAGGAAGAGAAGCUGGAAGGGGACAAUCGUUAUUUCUGCGAGAACUGUCAAAGUAAACAAAACGCAACCAGGAAAAUCCGAUUGCUGAAACUGCCGCCAACGCUCAACCUGCAGCUCAUGCGCUUCGUCUUCGAUAGGCAAACCGGCCACAAGAAGAAGCUGAACACUUAUAUUGGUUUUGCAGAGAUCCUGGAUAUGGAAGCGUUCCUGGAGCAGACAGACGUUAAAUAUGUGUACGAGCUGAGUGCGGUCCUUAUACACCGAGGCGUGAGCGCGUACUCCGGACAUUACAUUGCUCACGUCAAGGACCCUCAGACCUCAGAAUGGUACAAGUUUAACGAUGAGGACAUAGAAAAGAUGGAGGGGAAGAAGCUGCAGCUCGGAAUUGAGGAAGAUCUAGCAGAGCCAUCAAAAGCCGUCACUCGCAAGCCCAAGUGUGCCAAAGGCAUCCACUGCUCCAGGAACGCUUACAUGUUGGUGUACAGGCUGAGGACGGAGAAAAAGGAGGAAAUUCAGUUUGAGGUUCCAAGUUUCCUCCAGAAACUGGUGGAGCUGGAUAACUGUAAGUUUGAGGAGUGGUGCGUGGAAAUGGCGGAGAUGCGCAGAGAGAGUGUGGAUAAAGGAAAAGCCAAACACGAGGAGGUGAAGGAGCUGUACCAGAGGUUACCUGCAGGAGCUGAUGACGCCUACGAGUUUGUGCCUCUUGAAUGGCUACAGAAAUGGCUGGAUGAGACCACACCGGGAAAACCCAUUGACAAUUCCAAAUACCUGUGUACGCACGGGAAGCUGCACCCCGACAAGAUCUCUCUAAUGAAAAGGAUCUCUGAAUACUCAGCAGAGAUCUUUUAUCAGAGAUACAACGGGGGGCCGCGUCUGAAAGCCAGCUCCUUGUGUAAGGACUGUGUGGUGGAGAGGUGCCGGGUCUUACGCCUGAAGAACCAAUUAAACGAGGAUCAUAAGACCAUAGCAAACAUGGUGAAAGUUACAGUGAACGGCGAGGGCUUCUGGAUAGGAAAGGGGUCCUUACGCCGCUGGCGGCAGCUGGCUGCAGAUCAUCUAAACCAACAAGAAGACGAAUAUGAACAUGGUGAUAUGAAGAUGAACGGGAACAGUCCUAAGAAAGAGGAGCCGCCGGAAGAGAAGAGGGAAGAGGACACAGAGCUGGUGUUUAAUGAGGAUAUCGUCUGCCAGCACAGAAACCUGUGCACAUCGGAGAGUGAGAGGAGACUGAUAUCAGAGGCAGCCUGGUAUAAGCUGAAGGAGUACUUCCCCACCGCCCCGGAGUUCCGGCACAGCCAGGAGACCUGCGCACAGUGCAAGGCUUUGGAACAAGAAGGGGAAAGACACGAAGCUCUGCAUAAGAAAAUAGCAAAUGAGCAGAAACUUGCUCUUCCCAAUUUCUUCCAGGACAAGAACCGGCUGUCUGGAGGCACUUGGCCUCAGGAGGCCACCGAGCUGUACGUUGUGUCCCAGUUCUUUGUGGAAGAAUGGAGGAAGUUCAUAAGGAGGCCAAGUAAGUGCGGCCCUGUGCUGUCUCUUGGGAACAGUGUCCUACUCUGUCCUCAUGGAGGCCUGAUGUUCUCCUUCUCUAAUGUCACAAAGGAGGAUUCCAAGCUUGUAGCUCUGGUUUGGCCUGAAGAAUGGGAAGUCAUUAAGAGAAUCUUUGUUGUUGAUCACACCAUCAAAAUCACCAGGAGAACAGCGACGGCUGAAGACAACAGUGUAACCACAGUCUACGUGUCUGAGCCGGCUCUGUGUCCGGGCUGCCGAGAAGGAUUGCUGUGCCAGCAGGAAAGAGACAUGCGAGAAUAUGCCCAGGCCACAAUCUACGUUCACAAAGUGGUCGAUAAUAAAAAGGUCAUGAAAGAGGCGGCUCCAGAGCUAAACGUCAGCAGCUCUGACCCAGAAGAUGAAAAGGAGGAGCCCAGGCCUGAGGGAGAAAAUGAUCCCGACUUCAACCAGGUCAAUGGGGCAGCAAAGAAACAGAAGCUGUCCAGCCAAGGACAAGUCUCUUACCAGAAGCAGGGGAUCCGACGGAGCACGAGACACAGGAAAGUGAGAGGAGAAAAGGCUCUGCUGGUCUCUGCUAAUCAGACAUUAAAAGACCUUAAGAUCCAGAUUAUGCACGCCUUCUCCGUGGCUCCGUUCGACCAGAACUUGUCUAUUGACGGGAAGUGUUUGAAUGACGACUGCGCCACUUUGGGCUCGCUGGGAAUUAUUCCCGAAUCUGUCAUUUUAUUAAAGGCUGACGAACCUAUUGCGGACUAUGCGGCCAUGGAUGAUGUAAUGCAAGUUUGUUUGCCAGAGGAAGGAUUUAAAGGGACGGGCCUGCUGGGACAUUAAUGCUGCGAUGACGCUACACAUGGCGCUGUCCUCGGCUAGAGAAGAAUUCCUGACUGACGUCUCUUCCAGGAGGUUGUGACCUCUCCCACUCCGACUGAUGCCUUACAAUGAACAUAGCAGAUUGCACUGAAGGACUGCAGAUGUAGAUGGAAUCAUUCUACUUUUUAUAUGUAAAUAAAGAGGAUCGUAUCAAGGGGCAGCGCAUAUAUUAUAUAUAUAUAAUUAUACCUUGUUUACACUGGGGUAAUUCCAUUCUGUGCAAUGUAUCCCACCACAGCGGCUUCUGUCUCGUGUAAUAUACAUUUACAGUUGUGGGUUUGAUUUCUGGACGGCUUGAAACAUUAAACAAAUCCAACUCUA